AUGCGCACUAAAUACGAAAACCUGGCUGCCGCGAACGAGGAAAAGCGCCGAGCAACAUCUGCUGCGGUUGCUGCGGUCCAGGCUGGCGGUGGGAAGCGGCGCAUAACCGACUACUUGGAGGGAGAUGCUGCUGCGGCUAAGCGGGAUGCUCACGAGGGCCUUGCGCUGAUGUUUGCGGCCUGCAGAAUCCCGGAGAUCACCAUAAACCACCCGCUGUUCAUCAACGCCAUGCUGCUCGUCAACCGCGCCGGCCCCGGCUACGUCCCCCCCAAGAGGAGCUUCAUUGGCGGGGCUGGACUAGUCGCUGUCCGCAAAGGGAUUGAGCAGGGGCUGAUGGGGAUUAAAACGAGCUGGAAGAAGACGGGGGUAACAAUUGCGUCCGACAUGAUGACGGACAAAUGUGGGAGGGCGCAAGCGAACGUCCUUCUGAUUAACGACUCCGGCGCCGUCUUCAAGGAGGCGAUCGACUGCGGUAUGGAGCGUAAGACGGGGGGAAUACGUAGUGGGGAUUCUGCAGCCGGUGGUGGAGGAGGUAGGACCAGAAAAUGUGAUCGCGUUUUGUAUAAGGACAUGGGAAAGAUGGGGUGGGCAAAAGGGGUGGUGGAUCGGACUGGGGAGAUGAUUUCGUUCGUGCGCAACCAUCAUUGGACGCGCGCUAACCUGAGGACCCCGGAGUUGGUGGAGGGGAAGGUGCUGCAGCCGCUGAAGCCGGCAGGAACACGGUUCGGGACACAGUAUAUUGCUGUGUCCCGCCUUUGUGAGUUGCGUAGCACCCUGAACGCGAUGGUACUUACCGACAGGUGGGAGGAGUGGGCCGUGGGGUCGCGGAAGGAAGCUGCCGAGACCUUUGCUGCUCGGGUCCUCGAUGCCGCAUGGUGGCGGACAGCUGAAUUCUUCUGCAAGCUGAUGAAACUGCCCUACAAGGCGAUGCGGCAGACGGACGCAGAUGCCAAGGGGAUGAUGGGCCGGCUUUACGAUGUAAUGCUGCAGCUUACGGAGGAUGUCAACAACCUCUUGGACGAGGAUGAGCAGCAGCUGAGUAGCACGGACAAGGUGCAGAUCCGUCGCAUCAUCAAGAACCGUUGGGAUAACAACCUCGCCUGCGCCAUGCACGUUGCUGGCCGAAUCCUCAACCCCGCCAACCAGGAGGAGGACAUCUUCGGCAGCGACGCAGAAUGCACCCGGGUUUUCAAGGCAUUUAUCAACCAGCACGUGGAGUUCCUCAUCGACCACGACGGGAAGGGGAGGGAGGAGGGUGUUGAUUACUUGCUUGCCUUGGGUGACGGGCUGAGGGCUUUCUUGGACCUGAAAGGAAGUUUCGGGAUGCCGGAGGCGCUUGCACAAAGGGCGAAGGUGAAGGCGGGUAAAUACAGCAUGGUGAAGUGGUGGCAGUGGAACGGCACAGAUGCACCUCACCUGAUGUCUCUCGCCGUGAGGGUGCUCUCUCAGCCUGUAUCGGCAUCCCCUUAUCUGUCAGUGCCUGUUGUGGGAGGCAGCAGAGACAACACAAUAGUCCCCCUCUUCUCGCAGGCCACCCCGUCAGUUUUUCUGCGAGAGGACGAGCGCCUUAGGCUGGUGAGGCGGGUGAGGGUGAGUGGCAUGCAGGUGAUCACAGCAAAGGACGGCAAGGGCUCUGCCAUCAUGGCUCCAGCGUUUGCAGCUGCCAGCUUCACGAGUUCGCUGCUCAAGGCCCUGAACGGUGAAGCGGUUACAGAGUAUGCGUAUGUGGCUUCGAGUGUAACAGAUGCACCAUUCUUUGCUUCAAAGGUUCAACUUGGUCCCAACGGUGUGGAAAAGGUGUUCCCAGUUGAGGACCUGCCGUCGAGCUCGCUACACUCAACUCCGCCCGCCCACUCACUGAGCCGCUUCACCUUGCCGUUCGCUCCGCUCGGCCAAUCGCCGUGCUCCCGUUCCCGACGGCGACGAGCUGCGCCUUCCGCGGUGCACCACUCGCACAACCGCGCGUCGCGUAUCGACGAGGGCGCUCAGAAGUGGGGCGGUGUCCUCCGCCUCGGUGACGGAAAGAGCGGUGGAGGCGGGGAGUACUCCGCGUGGUCUCCCGUGAAGGUCCCCCCACGCGUAGCCGCGCCACCGCCCCGCGCGCAACCGACGAAGGCGCAAAGGCAGCGCUCCGCCAAGGCGCGCGCGAGCAGCGGAAGCACCGCUGUGUUGCGUGGAGAGCCCACCGCAAUCGCGGUCGCCGUGCCGGUGCCGAAUGGGUUGUCCGUCGGGCUUGGCGACUCCAUCCGCGAGCCUACCGGAGCUCCGCGUUCCGCGGCAAUCGGCGCAAAGAGCAUGGCGGAAGCCUUGGAGAUUUCCCCCAUGACUGCCGCCGCGAUGGUCGCCGUGAUCGCCGCGUGCGCCGUCGCUGCGCCGUUCGGCCUCGGGUUUCUCUCCGCCGACGCGCCGCUGCAGACGAACGUGCUAGCGUACAUCACGGCGAUGAUCGGGCUGUACAUGGCGUGGAACAUCGGCGCGAAUGACGUGUCAAACGCAAUGGGCACCUCCGUCGGGUCGGGCGCGCUGUCGAUGCGGACCGCGGUGCUCGUGGCAGGGGUUCUGGAAUUUGGCGGCGCGAUGCUGGUCGGGUCGCACGUGAGCGACACGAUGCAGACGGGGAUCAUUGACCCGGGGCUGUUUGUGAACGAUCAACCGCUUCUUUUCACUGGCAUGAUCUCAUCGCUCGCUGCUGCCGGCACGUGGCUACAGAUUGCGACGCACUUCGGCUGGCCCGUGUCGACCACGCAUUGCAUCGUAGGCGCGAUGGUGGGGUUCGGUUUCGUCUACGGCGGCGCGGACGCGGUUUGCUGGGACUCGCUGUCCCACGUGGCCUCCUCCUGGGUGCUCUCGCCUGUUCUCGGAGCUACUGUAGCGUACAGUAUCUACACCGCAAUUCAGAAAUUCGUUUACGAAGCCGAUUCGCCCGCCCACGCCGCUUCCAGCGCCGCUCCGUACCUCGUUGGGCUGGGCGUGUUCGCGUUUUCGUUAUCCUCGUUAUUCACUGGAGACGCCGCGUUUGCGCCAGCCGCGUUGGAGUCUCUUGCAGCGGGUACAGUUGCCGCGAGUGUAGCAUCUCUCUUCAUGGAAAAGCAGGUUGGGAGUCAAUUAAAGGAGCUAAGCAAGUCGCUUAGCCUGCUAGACGGAAGACAAACGUCUCGGACAGCAGCAGCAGCAGCAGCAGCAGCAGCAGCAGGAGGAGCAUGCAAGGGGGAACAACAACGAACAGUGUACUCCAUUUUUGGGUAUCUCCAGGUGAUUUCGACAAUCGGCGGGAAAAUUACCGAAAUUACCCCAACUCGUGGGUUCGCAGCUGAAUUCGCAGCAGCCUCGGUGGUGGUGCUGGCGUCGCGAUUGGGGUUACCAGUCUCGGCGACGCACACGUUGGUGGGAGCGGUUAUGGGGGUGGGUCUGGCGCAAGGGGGAAGCGGGGGAGUGCGCGGGGAGGUUUUGGCGGAGAUUGCUGCGUCGUGGGCAAUUACCAUUCCCGCUGGCGCAGCUCUCGCUAUAAUGUACUCCGCUGCUCUGUCUCAGAUCGUCCCCACUUUCUUCUGA